AUGGUCACUCUUGAAGAGCAGUUGCAGUCGAGCACGCUGAAGAAGCAGUGCAAGGAGGAUCUGCUCAACCAUGUCGAGGAAAUCGAGACAAACUCUUGGCGCCUUCCUCGGAAGGCGGUCACGCUCCCAGACCCUAACCUACCAUCCGCGGUCACGAUGCCCACCGACAACUCUGUGAAGCGCCGCAAUCCAGCCGCAACCGCCAGCACUGACACCGAGCGCUCGCUCCGCUACACCGCAACGAAGAGGGAGAAGGUUGAGAUGAUUGCAAGCCGCACCAUCACGGAUGCGAAUCCAAGCGGCACGUACUUCAAAGACUGCUCUCACAAGUUUUUAAGCGGCGCUCGCACCUGGUCUGACCCAUUUCAGACCUCGCGCAGUCGCGCAGUACUCUCGGGCAAAGAUAUGGAUUUUGUCUACCGGUAUGCCGAGGCACUGACAGGGUCGGCAAUCGAGCGUCCGCAGCCGGCAGACAAUGCCUCCGUUGCUGCUACUGCGGCGUACCGUGAGGCGUUCCGGCAGUACAAGGGAAGGGACCCCACAGCGAAGGAGAUGGAGGAGGCCGGCAGGCUGAUUUAUGCCUUUGAUGAUAACGGCAGAGUUGGAGUCCUUCAGGUGCCGCACAGCUGCUACCCUCACACGCACAUCUCGGCCGGAAAGACGCAUGUUCGCGCGUGUCCCAAUCAAGUAUACCCACAGGAAGUGCCUCCUGUGCGCGCUGCGCGAAGCGAGUUCCCUGGACCGAUCCCAACAUGGUCGAGCACCAAGCGCACUACUACGAUGGCCACCAAUGGCACGUACCAACCUGGGCAUCACCAACCCACGAGCCUGAAGCGCGAUGCAAUGAGCACGGUGAUGGGCUCUCGCUGA